AGGGGCAGGACCAGCCAGGCUCACUGGGUACAAAUAGCCCUGAGCUCCACAGGCUCCUGAGGUGGAGCUCUACAUCGUUCGUCCUUUGUUGAAACUGAAAGCACAAAGCUAAAGAAGCCAGCAUGCAUCUGCCCAUCUCUCUCUUGCUGGUCACUCUGGCCCUUUGCUGCUACGAGGCUAACGCCCUGGUUUGUCCAUCUGUGGUGGCCGAAUCAACAACCUUCUUAGUUGGUAAUCCAUAUGACUUCAAGUUACUACUUGAAUCAUAUGACCCACCUUCAGAAGUUGUUCAGGCUAAGCUGGAAUUGAAGAAAUGCACAGAUGAGAUGUCCUUAGAAAGCAGACAACUUAUUGUGAAUACAUUGGAGAAGAUAAUGAUGAAAUGUGAUCUGUAGAUGGGAAAAAAAAAUAUCCAAUACUUCCUCCCUCCUUCCACGGUUACUCUAUCUUCACUGGAAAAUGUAAAGGUUUCAACGUCUUGCUUCAGUAAAUUUCUUGCAGUGCAACUCUCCACGUGUGUUGUUAUUAUUCAACAGUCUCACCCUUCAGUUGGGGUUGGUUUUAAUCAUGAAAUGGCUGUUUGGGUGUUGGGCUUCCAGGGAUCAUGACAUGAUUACCUUUUGGGGGGCUAUUCCUUUGCCUAAUAUAGCUCCUCUCCUGCCUCACACGUAAUAAUCCACUCAGAUCUGCCCCCUCCAUUGACUCAG